CCACGGGGCCCGGCAGAGGGGGGUAGCGGUCCCGCUGCCCGCCUGGCCCAGAGCCCUGCCGGGGAGGCGCCGGGAUGGAGCGGCCGGCGGGCGAGGGCCGGCCCCUGCUGCCGGCGGCGGGCAGCGCCGGGCUCACCUCCGCCGGAGCCGUCUUCAUCAUGCUGAAAUCCGCGCUGGGCGCGGGGCUGCUGAGCUUCCCCUGGGCCUUCAGCAGGGCCGGGGGGGCCGCCCCCGCAUUCCUGGUGGAGCUGGGGUCACUGGUCUUCCUGGUGAGCGGGCUGGCGGUGCUGGGCUACGCAGCGGCCCUCAGCGCCCAGCCCACCUACCAGGGGGUUGUCCGAGCGGUGUGCGGGGCAGCAGCAGGGAAGCUCUGCGAGGUUUGCUUCCUCCUCAACCUCUUCAUGAUCUCCGUGGCCCUCCUCAGGGUGGUGGGUGACCAGCUGGAGAAACUGUGUGAUUCCCUGUACCCCAAUGGGACGUUGAGUGAGGCCCCCUCGACACCUCCCUGGUAUGCAGACCAACGCUUCACCCUCUCUGCUCUCUGUGUCCUUGUCAUCUUCCCGCUCUCUGUCCCCAGGGAGAUUGGCUUCCAGAAGUACUCCAGCAGCAUCCUGGGCACGCUGGCUGCCUGCUACCUCACCCUGGUCAUCGUCCUCAAGUACCACCUGCAGGCAGAGAGCCUGGGCUCGCCAGAGCCCCCCCAGCCCUCCAGGGCCUCUUCCUGGGCUUCUGUUUUCAGUGUCAUCCCCACCAUCUGCUUUGGCUUCCAGUGCCACGAGGCUUGUGUGGCCAUCUACAGCAGCAUGCGCAACCAGAGCUUCUCCCACUGGGUGGCUGUCUCUGUGCUCUCCAUGCUCAUCUGCCUGCUCAUCUACUCCCUCACUGCACAACAACCCCUUCCCCAGCGGUUCCUGCCACCCUCCCUCUCCGCAGGGAUCUAUGGCUACCUGACCUUCGGUGAGGCCGUGGCAGCCGAUGUCCUGAUGUCCUACCCAGGGAAUGACCCGGUUGUCCUCGUCGCCCGCCUGCUCUUCGGUGUCUCCAUCAUCACCAUCUACCCCAUUGUGGUGCUGCUGGGCAGGUCAGUGGUGCAGGACUUGUGGGUGACCCCCAAGCGCAGGACCACAGCAGUACCCGAGGAGCACGAGCAGCGGAGCCGGGUGGUGCUGACAGUCACCUGGAUGGCCACCACACUUGCCAUUGCCCUGUUUGUCCCGGACAUCGGCAAGGUCAUCGAGCUCAUUGGGGGGAUCAGUGCGUUCUUCAUCUUCAUCUUUCCAGGGCUGCUCUCAUCUCCUGGGGUGUCAUCUCUGUGCUCGGUGGUGCCUUUGUCUGUGGGCAGAGCGCUGCCCUGGCUGUGCUGGGGCUGCUGCGCUGAGGGGCCAUGGACCUCCCCCAUUGUACCCCAAACUCUGCCCCUCACCAUACCCCCAAGCCCCAUUGCCCCGGACACAGCUGUACCACCAGAUCCCAUCACGGUUUUAUUUGGCAUCACUGUUCCUGUUGUACAGCAGCUAAUAAAUACAGAACAGGAUAUUGGGGAGGACCCCACACGGCGUACCCCAAGGGAUGGUGGGGUGGAGGGCAGGAUGGGCAGCGAGCGCUGCACACGCACAAACAGAUACACAUACAGACAGACAUACAGACCCUGGGAAAGGGGAGGGCAGCCAGCCCCACAUCUGCAAGGCACCCACUGCCACUGCACACACGCAAAGGAAACCUCAGGACCACCCACACCCCCCCAGGACUAA